AUGUCCAGUCCAUUCAGAAGCUACGACGAUGACAGGGUUUCAUAUCUCCGUAGCUGCGAAGACGGCCCCCCAUGUCAGUUUGGUGUGGUGGAGGAGGCCCUGGGCCAAAGACACAAAAGCCCCAGAGCCGAAGCUGGAAUGUCUUUCUGUUUUAAUGGGAGUCUUAUGGCAGGACGUUCUGAUACACACCAUACACCCGAAUUUCCGGUAGGACGUUGGAUAUACGUUGGAGGAGGAAGGAAUGAAAGAGGGCAUAGAGAACAUGGCGGGCAUGGAGAAAAUCGAGGGCAUGGAAGUCAUGGAGGAGGAGAAGGCUACGGGGAAGGGCAUGCGCGCAUUGAGCCCACCAUGUUGGCGGAUAUUAUCAGGAGGUUGGCCUUUAAAUCUGUUACUAUUAUCACUACUACCCAUUUCAGUUGCAGAAAGUGUUCAGGGUAUAACAAGUCGCAUUCUCAUAGGAAUCAUCGGGAAACGGAUAUGGUCAAUCGGGGCAUUACAACAACCGCACUCUGGAGUGAGGUCCAUCCUAAAAUGAUGCACAAUGGCUCUUGGCCCAAGGAAUUCAGCAUCCCCAAGACAGUGGAUGACCUCAACUCUAUGGACAGUGAGUAUUGA